AUGAGAACUUAUAAACGUAAACCAGGUAAUCGAUCCUAUGCAUCUUACACAGCAGAAGACUUGCAAAAUGCCUUGAUAAAUAUCUCAACUAACAGAAUAUCGAUUUUCAAGGCAUCUAAGAUAUAUGCUAUACCAUAUAGUACUCUGUACAACAAGAGUAAGCUAAGACAUAUGAAAAACCCUGGAGGACAGACUAGAUUACAGCCCCAUACAGAAGAAAAGAUUUUACAAAUUAUUAGCAUUCUGACAGAUUGGAAGUUACCUUUAGAUAAUUUAGAUAUACGUCUGCUAAAAAUUAAAUCUCUCCAGAAAACAAAACCCAAUCUUGUACCAGAUACAAUAACCAUUUUGAAGGAAGAGAUUAUGAUUAAUCGAACCAGAGACAUAAGUCAUGGUAUAUUUGAUACAAAAAGUGCAUUUGAAACUUUACCCCCUCUUCCUGAAAAGUAUUAUGAGCCUUCAGUUUUAAAUAUCAAAGAAGAAAACUCAGAUUUUUUUGAUUCUAACAAAACUCCUACUGACAACUCAUCUGCUUUUGAGCAGUUUAGUCAAUCAUGGUCCGAUAAUGGAGAAAUUUUUACUGAAAGAAGUAGUGUUUUUUCCUGGCGUCAUGAUGAUGAGUUUGAUAGAGGGGCUACUUCUCAAGUCCAACAGAUAUUUCUUGAUGUAGACAGUUGUUUAUAUGAAAGCAUGGAAACUAAGCUUUCAAAUGAUUUAAACAAUGAAUGUGCAGAAUGGACAAAAUCUUUUCCAUAUUUAAGAUUGGUUGGUCAUCAGCUGAUGCCUUCAAAUGAUUCAGGAACACAUAUGAUAGAAGUGCAUUCAGAAAAAGAUAAAUACAGUGAAAAAAAUAAACAACAUGAAUCAGAUUUUGCACAAGACCCUCUUCUUGUAAAUGGAUGUAAAGUUGAGGCAAAAGCUGCACCAAAUGACACAAAGUUUGGUGAAGCUUCCUAUUUGUAUUUGGAGGAAGAAAUAUUUGCAGCCAAUGGUGAUAUUGAAGAAUUUAUAGCAUAUGAUUGUUCAACUAUUGAUGUUCAAACAAUAGGCUUAGACGAAAAAAAAUAUUAUAAAGAAGCCAUUCCUCCAGUUGCUCCAGCUGCUUCAAUUCAUGACAGAAUCAUCAGUGAAUGUUUUGAUAAAGUGUGGAAUAAAUUGGUUUACAUUUUUACUGAUUUGAUAAAACUUUAUGCCAAAGCGAAAUCCAGAAAAGGAUAUGGUUCAAACUAUUUAUCACAAUAUGAUGAAUACGAUGAAGAAAAUGAAGAAACAUUUCAUGAAAUGCCUUCAAGAUCAUCGAUUUAUUUGAAAUCAUCAGCUGGGCAAACAACUUCUUAUGACCAUGAUUUAAAGGAACUGAUGACAAUUCGCCCUAUCUCUCUUCAAGAAAGACUAUCAUUUCCAAACAUACUUCGUGAUGAUGAUGUCUCCAGAGAAUUAGUUGUUAGUCGUCCUGUUUCAAGUAGUAUAGGUAUACACAGGCAGUUUCCAAAGUCUUUUACAUUCCGAAAUGCUGAACAGAUAUUUCAUGAUCGAAUGGCAUCUGCAAAAGUUACAAAUAAAAAAGCUGUUCGUCUGCAACCUCUCCCGGUUUCAAAAGUACCUAGUUCUAUAAGUCAAGAAAGUCAAUUGCUUAAUGAAAUCAGAGGUAAAAGCUUGCAAACACCACAAGCUAUCAAUCAAUGGAAUUCUAGAGUUGUCACAUUACCUCCUCUCGAAAGAUUAAAUAUAAAUGAGCCAAUGGGACGAAUAAGGAGUUCAAAGAAGAGUAUGAGAGUAUCAAGUGCUGCUACUAAUAACAAAAACAGCGAUGCUCACGAAAAGAAUACAUUUGCAACACAAGAUAUAAGGCCAAAUACGACGCAUUCUCUUAGAACGGAGAUACUCUUAAGUAAAAAGUCGGGUUUGUUUUACAAUAAUCGGAUAACCCAUAACGACCAUCAUAUGAUGAGCAAAGCCUUUGAAGAAGAAAGUGAAAAUGAGUUUAAUACAUUUGUUUUAUGGGGUCAACCAUUAAUUUCAACUCAAAAAUCGUUUUCUCAUUUGCCACAAAAAAAAAGUCGGAACGGAAACAAGUAAAUGAAAUAUGAAGCAUAGUGUAAAUAAAUGUAAAUAACUAGAUAGUUUAAUAAAAUAAAAUUUAAA